AUGCUAUGUGGUCAUGCUCUUGCUGUGAUGAAAGAGAUGAACAUAGACCCCUACGAUUAUUGUUCACAUUACUACACAACACAAUUAUUGUUGGAAACAUACGAUGCAACUGUGUAUCUAGUAGGGAAACAACAACAUUGGGAAUUACCAGACUUUUUCAAAGACAUCAUAGUGUUGUCUCCAUUUGAAAGAGUGAAGGCUGGAAGACCAAAGAAAAGAAGACUGAUAGCUGCUUGGGAAACUAAAAAGAAGAACAAGGGCAGCAAGUGUGGACAAAGAGGUCAUAAUAGGAAGACAUGUAGAACCCGACCACCAAGAAGUUGA